GCUCGUCAUAAUAUCUUGGGUGACUUCCAUGGCUCCCCCUGCCUCUGAUGUAUCCGUACAUCCUCGAGAUGUUUGUGUUGUGGGAGUGGCGCGAACGCCUAUAGGAGACUUCCUUGGCUCCCUCUCUUCUUUGACUGCUCCAAGACUUGGGUCCAUAGCCAUUGAAGCCGCACUUAAAAGAGCAAACGUUGAUCCGGCACUUGUGGAAGAGGUCUUCUUUGGCAAUGUCUUAACCGCCAAUCUUGGGCAAGCACCAGCAAGACAGGCUGCACUUGGUGCUGGGAUUCCCUAUUCAGUGAUCUGCACCACUGUCAACAAAGUCUGUGCUGCAGGAAUGAAAGCUACAAUGUUAGCGGCUCAAAGUAUCCAGCUUGGCUUGAAUGAUGUUGUUGUGGCUGGUGGAAUGGAGAGCAUGUCAAACGUACCUAAGUACCUCCCGGACGCAAGAAAGGGUUCUCGAUUUGGCCAUGAUACUAUUGUUGACGGUAUGAUGAAAGACGGACUUUGGGAUGUGUACAAUGACUUUGGAAUGGGAGUUUGUGGAGAAAUAUGUGCUGAUCAGUACCGCAUUACAAGAGAAGAACAGGAUGCAUAUGCUAUCCAGAGCUUUGAGCGUGGUAUUGCUGCACAAAACGCUCGGUUGUUCGCUUGGGAAAUUGUCCCGGUCGAAGUUUCCACUGGAAGAGGGAGGCCUUCGGUAGUUGUUGACAAGGAUGAAGCACUGGGGAAGGUAAUUGGUUUAGGAACCGCUGCUUCUCUUAGGAUAGCAUUUAUUGGGUUUUUAACUUUGUUUGGGAUGAACCAGUUUGAUGCUGCCAAGUUAAAGAAGCUUAGACCAAGCUUCAAGGAGGAUGGUGGAACAGUCACCGCUGGAAAUGCAUCAAGUAUAAGUGAUGGUGCGGCGGCGUUAGUGCUGGUGAGUGGAGAGAAGGCUCUUGAGCUUGGACUGCAUGUUAUAGCUAAGAUUAGAGGAUACGCUGAUGCUGCUCAGGCACCUGAGUUGUUCACAACCACGCCGGCUCUUGCUAUUCCUAAAGCUAUAAUGCGUGCUGGCUUAGAUGCAUCUCAAGUGGAUUACUAUGAAAUCAACGAAGCCUUUUCUGUUGUAGCUCUGGCCAAUCAGAAACUACUGGGAUUAGAUCCUGAGCGGCUUAAUGCGCAUGGAGGUGCUGUUUCUCUGGGACAUCCACUGGGAUGCAGUGGUGCUCGUAUUUUGGUCACGUUAUUAGGGGUGUUGAGAGCAAAGAAGGGAAAGUACGGAGUGGCGUCAGUAUGCAACGGAGGAGGAGGAGCAUCAGCACUUGUUCUUGAGUUCAUGUCGGAGAAGACAAUCGGAUAUUCGGCACUC